CGUAGCGAGCCCUAUUUUAGUGACCUCGGUAGACAAUUUCUCUGUAUGUUUGUAUGUAUGUCAUGGUACGUCCGUACGGCCUGAUAGCCGGUUUUUACACACGCGGUCCUUACCAAUUUCGUGUAUUCUUAUUGUAUUUUGCACGAGCGAUAAGAAAAAGUUGCAUAAAAUGAAUCCUGACAACGAAAGCAAACAAGAAAGGCUUCGAAUAAGGAGGGAUCGAGAGAGACAAGCAAGAGCCCAAGAAACAGCUGAAGAGAAAGAAGUCAGGCUAGCCAAACGUAGAGAAAAGCACAGGGCACUCAUACAUGCACCUCAGAUAUGCUGUCUAGAAGUAUUCUCAGCUGGUUAGUGCUAUUUACCCUAGCUACUGUUACCAGGAGUGAGCACUAUCACAUUGUGCCAGUGGAUUCAACUUACUUGUGUAAUGAAUAUCGAAAUGGAACUUGUUUCACUCUCGAGCAGCUUGUUCAAACAGACCUGUUAUCUGAUGGAGACAAUCUCACCUUGAGCUUUCUACCUGGAGAUCAUGUGUUAACUGAGCAGUUAUUGAUUCGUAACUUCUUACAUGUGCAAAUCACUGGCCAGAACACAAGUACCACUGUAGUUGGAUUCCAUAGCAACGGUGCGAUACGUUUUGUUAGUAUUACCAAAUUGAACAUUGAACGCUUGGGUUUCGUUGGAGCGAAUGUUGAACCACAGAACUCACAUCAAGGAUUGACCAUUGACGAUUCUCGCGAUGUUUACAUCAACGACUGCUACUUCUCGGACUUUGAAAACCACCUCGUUAAAAUUACUAAUACUCAAACUGUAACAAUUGAAAGCACUCUUUUUAACAAUAAUACUGGCCAGGCCCUGCACAUUGAGGCUGAUGAUGUGUACAUAACAAAUAGUGUGUUCACUAGAAAUGAUGGAGGUGCAGUUUACAUUAAAUCAAACAACGCACUGAUCAACAACACAGAGUUCAACUAUAACAGUGCUGAGAGCGGAGGAGCAAUAGAAGUGGUAUCUGGUGCUGUAGUGAUCACUUGGUGUAACUUCACAAAUAACAAAGCUGUGCAGUUAGGUGGAGCCAUUCAUGUUGACUCAGGUAGUGUGUCCAUCUCCAACAGUGAGCUGACAAACAACAGUGCUGACUAUAAAGGUGGAGCGAUUAGUGUUGUUUACUCAGGUAGUGUAUCCAUCUCCAACAGUGAGCUGACACACAACAGUGCUGACUAUGGUGGAGCGAUUAGUGUUACCUCAGGUAAUGUGUCCAUCUCCAACAGUGAGCUGACACACAACAGUGCUGUCUAUGAUGGUGGAGCGAUUAGUGUUGUUUACUCAGGUAGCAGUGUGUCCAUCUCCAACAGUGAGCUGACACACAACAGUGCUAACGAUGGUGGAGCGAUUUAUGUUUACUCACGUAGUGUGUCCAUCUCCAACAGUACGCUGACAAACAACAGUGCUGACUAUGGUGGAGCGAUUAGUGUUACCUCAGGUAAUGUGUCCAUCUCCAACAGUGAGCUGACAAACAACAGUGCUGUCUAUGGUGGAGCGAUUAGUGUUGUUUACUCAGGCAGUGUAUCCAUCUCCAACAGUGAGCUGACAAACAACAGUGCUGACUAUGGUGGUGGAGCGAUUUAUGUUUACUCAGGUAGCAGUGUAUCCAUCUCCAACAGUGAGCUGACAAACAACAGUGCUGACUAUGCAGGUGGUGGAGCGAUUUAUGUUUACUCAGGUAGCAGUGUAUCCAUCUCCAACAGUGAGCUGACACACAACAGAGCUAAUAAAGGUGGGGUAAUUAAUGUCUUCGAAUCUUCCACCUUGAUCAUCAACAACACUGACAUUACUAAUAACAUGGCCAGUUUGAACAUUUCGCAAUCAAACGUAACAUUCACUGGAAUGAAUAUUGUCAGUAACAAUGGUCGUCCCAUUUAUGCUUUCAAUAGUCGAAUCGAGUUUAAUGGACCUACAACACUGAGUAACAAUCAUGGUGUGUUUGGUGGAGCCAUCAGCGCUGACCAGAGUCAAAUAUAUAUUAACACACAAGAAGUGAUCAUCACAAACAACACAGCUACUUCUGGAGGAGGGAUAUUUCUGAGAGAGAGUACACUCUUUGUAAACGAGCCAAUAGAGAUCAAUCAAAACACAGCACAGGAUGGUGGGGGGAUUUAUGCAUAUUCCAGUAGAGUUGAGUUCCAAUCAGUGCAGAUGGUAGGUGCAUACGGUCAGCGACUUUCUCCAAAUAAACAGAGUGAGAUUGCUCACAACAUUGCUGAGAAUGGUGGAGGUAUACAUGCAGUAUCUUUAAAUAUUAAACUAACUCAAUCACAUGUCAACAUUGACUCAAAUACAGCUACUGCUAGUGGAGGUGGAGUGUAUCUACAGCAAAGUUCGAAACUGUACCUAUUUAAAACGAAUGUAGAUUGUCAGAAUAAAAUAUAUGUCAAGUUACUGAUGAACAAUCACUCGGCUCAGUAUGGAGGAGGGAUAUUUGUGGCAGAUGACACACAGAGGAGCGCGUGUGGAGGAGGGGCCACAGAAACGGAUGCAACUCAAACUAUUUUUUCUGACUGUUUCAUUCAAACAAUUAAUCUGUAUGGUCGAAUAUACUCUAAUAUAAACUAUUUCAACACAUUCAUGACUAACAACACGGCUACCCAGUCAGGAGCAGACAUCUACGGAGGUCUGUUGGACAGGUGUACAGCAAGUCAAAAUGCUGAAUAUCCCGUUUCUUCAAAUGGAUCUGGAUUGGACUACAUCCAAAACACUGUAAAAUCCUCCACUGAAUUAUCAAUAUCCUCUAGGCCUGUUCAGGUUAUGUUUUGUAACUAUUCACAAAAUGACUGUUGUUCUACACAAAAAGGACACACAUUUAAAGUCAAUGUUAUGGCUGUUGACCAAGUUGGAAAUCAAAUAAAUGCCACAAUUCGCAGCUCUGUUGUCAGUGAGAGUGGACGUGAUCGUUUCAAAGAAGGACAGGCAAAACAGGAAAUUGGUAAUCAGUGCACAGAAUUAGAGUACAAUGUAUUCUCACAAGACAGCUCUGCUCAAGUGGAACUCUAUGCCGAGGGUCCAUGCAUUAAUUUGGGAAUUUCAAGACAACUUAUAAAUAUUUAUUUUCAACCCUGCAUAUGCCCUAUUGGACUUCAGCCAAUUCAGUCCGAUAUUGAGUGCAGGUGUGACUGUGAUCCAGACUUGCAACAAAGAUAUCAGAUAACAAACUGUUCUGAUGAAAAUGGGACCAUAAAAUUGGAAAGCAAUAACAACAUAUGGAUAGGAGUGACUAAUACCACUAACGGAAGUGGGUAUGUUGUUAGUAACUGUACAUUUGACUAUUGUGUACUAAAGCCAGUCAACAUCAGUCUAAGCAACCCUGACGAACAGUGUGCCUACAAUCGAAGUGGUGUCUUGUGUGGAGAAUGUGAACAAGGACUCAGUCUUGUGUUGGCUACGUCAAAAUGUAGAGAAUGCUCUAAUUUUUACCUUCUUCUACUAAUUCCAUUUGCGCUGGCUGGCAUAUUGCUAGUUGCUUUAAUUCUCGUGCUCAACAUCACUAUAGCAACUGGAAAUAUUCAUGGCCUCAUAUUUUACGCCAACAUAGUAGCUGCUAAUAGAGCAAUUUUCUUUCUUAGUUUAAACAACUUUUUAACAGUUUUUGUAUCAUGGGUGAAUCUUGACCUUGGAAUCGAGGCAUGCUUUUAUGAUGGGAUGAACUCUCAAGGAAAAGUGCUCCUUCAACUUAUCUUCCCAGCUUACUUGUUUCUUCUUAUGUUUCUCAUUAUAAUAUUGAGCAAGUACUUUGACUCAUUUGCAAAGCUCCUCUCUAACAGGAACCCAGUUGCUGCCCUAGGCACACUCGUCCUACUCUCUUAUUCUAAAUUCUUACGGUUUAUCGUUGCUGCAUUACAAAACAGGGUCUUGGAAUAUCCUGACGAACCAACCAAGACUGUUUGGUUGUUUGACGGCAACGUGCCAUACUUUACUCCCAAACACAUCCCUCAGUUUGUUGCUGCUGCCAUAAUCCUCAUUGCUGGUGGAUUGUUCACUGUACUGCUCUUCUUUGGACAAUGGUUUCCACGCUGUUCCAAGGUUAUGAUAUGGACCAAGAACACAUACUACACUGGCUUCAUGGAUGCAUACCAUGCUCCAUUCACUCCCAAGCAUCGCUACUGGGUGGGACUGCUCCUCUUUGCUCUGAUUGCUCAUAAUCUAGUAGCUGCCAUGGCUCCAGAUACGUCUCUCCCUGUGCUAUCAUCUGGUUGUAUUGCAGUUGGACUGAUAACAUUGACCAACCGAGUACACAAAAAACAACUGAGUGAAUAUCUAGAAACAUUAUUUCUGCUUAAUCUCUGCAUUCUAUCUUAUGGCACUUCCUACGUUGUUGAAACACACCGACAGCAGGAAACAUUGACUAUUAUUUCAAUGUCUGUAGCUUUCAUUCUCUUUGUGACAAUCAUCAGCCACCAUUUCCACCACUUCACACUAAAGAAGACCAAAAUAUGGCCCAAGAUAAAGGAAGUCACAAAGAACUUGACAACUGGUGCUGCCUACAAAAGGAACCGAGAACCUAACAAUGUCAUGGAAAUGCUCCAGUUUGUAGCCAAUGAAAUUGAUGACGAUGAUAAUGAACGACUUUUAGCUGAGCAAAUAGACAUUGUGGACCCGCAACCUUACACUGAUGGAGCUGUGGAAGAAGCUGACCCUGAUCGCUACAUCACUCCUCCCAUCAUCAGACCAGCCACGAGGCUGGACCAGCUGAGAGAGCCUGCCCUGGACGUCCUGGCCCCCCUCACCACAGAGGACUACAGACCAGCCCCUCCCCCUAAAAGAGUCAACCAUCGUCCUGCUGUUACACACACAGAAAUAGGCCCCAUACGCAAUGAAGUGUGAACUGUCUUAUUUAGCUGAAGUACCUUAUCAUGUAAAUAACAUUUGUAGGCAUUGUUAAUUCCAACAGUUACUGUCGUUAGCACUUGUUUAUGUCACUAUAGUUUAAAAAGAGAUACGCUUUUUUGUAGAUUCUUGUAGAUUUAUUCUUUGU